AUGAAUUCUGAUGCGGUCUUGUUCUGUCGUGCAAAGAUAUUUGAGAAAUUUAAAGACAGUGAAGGAAACUUCAAGACAUCCUUAAUUAAUGAUGCAUUGGGUAUGCUCAGUUUAUAUGAGGUAACACAUCUUAGCAUAGGAGGUGAGGAUGUCUUAGAUGAAGCCUUAGCUUUUACUACAACGAACCUUCAAUCAGUAUUGCCUCAAUUGAACACUCAUCUAGCGGCACAAGUAAGCCGUGCCCUCAAUCGUCCCAUGAGGAAAUAUCUACCAAGGUUAGAGGCAAGGAACUAUAUUGAUACCUAUGCAAUCGAGGAAUCAUAUAAUACCAUAUUACUAAAGUUCGCAAAGUUGGAUUUCAACAUGUUACAGGAACUGCAUCAAAAAGAGCUAAAUGUUGUCACAAAGUGGUGGAAAAGUUUGGAUGUGGCAACAAAACUACCUUAUGAUAGUCUAACAAUCCAAAGCUCUAACUACUUUUCUAAUCUAAUCUGA